AUACUUCUUUAAGAUAUAAACUCAUAAAACACUUGAUUUUUCUUAAGAUAAAAUAAAAUAAAAGUCACCAAAAUAUAUUGUUCUUUUAAAUUAUAAUAAUGGUUACCAGUAUCACUCAUCUUAAACCAAACAACCUCAGCCUGGCUCACAGUAAGCUGCGUUUGAUUGCCGUCAGCCCAACCGUGUCAGUCCAGACUGCCCUUGAUUUGAUGUACAAGAACAAGAUCACGUCUUUGCCAAUCUUUUCCCACAACAAUACCACAAUCGUCAGUAUCGUCAAUCUGUUUGACAUCUUGAUAUAUCUGGUCGCUGACUCCCGGUCAGUUGUCCAAAAAGACCAACGCAAAUUGAACGAACCGAUUGAGAAUGUUCUCGGUCUGGACUCCGACCGUGAGAGUUACCGUGUCUACCAGUGCGACUGUCAAGACGAGUUACUCGAAACUCUUAAACUAUUUGCCUCGGGAAUCCACCGUGUUCUGGUCGUAGACUACAGUGACAAGAAUGACAAUCCAUGGUUACUCUCCCAAACCGACGUCAUUCGCCACAUUAGUGGUCACCUGGAUUGCAUCGCCGAUCUGGUCUCGGUAGACAGCACGGUCGAGUCGCUUGGGUUCCUGAAGAACAAACCAAUGGUCACCGUACCUCUUACCCAGUCUGCCCUGGACGUCUACCGUCUCAUGGCCAAGAAAGAUCUCGGUGGUCUACCAAUUGUCGACAGUGAGGGAAGACUUCAGGGAGACCUGUGCUUGGAAGAUUUACCCGGAGCAAACCUAGAGAUGAUUGAACAGCUUGUAUUGCCCUGUGGAGAUUAUGUAAAGAAGAUGGCAGGUCAUCAAGUAAUCACACCCACCGCCACACCCGAUACUUCACUCAAAGACAUCCUGGCUACCAUGGCCAAGGAGGAUACUCACAGAGUGUGGAUUGUGGACAGCAAGAAAACCCUCAAAUUGAUAGGUGUAGUCACCAUGUCCGACAUCAUCAAUCUCCUGUGCAAGAAGCACCAUUAAAUAUAUAUAUAUAUAUAUAUAUAUACACAAUAAUGGCAGUAACGAUGUUAAUCAAAUGGUACAUUUUCCAUUGACACAAGUUCAUUUACCUAUCAGAGACCCCAUAGUCAAGUCAAAUCAAAUCAAAUCAAAUCAAAUUAAAAGAGAAAGUGUACAUUCAUCCAAAACCAAAGAAAUAAAGGCUACAGAAAAAAAAACGAAAAUGACAAUAGUAAUAAUGAUAAUGACAGCAAUAAAACAUUCUACAUCAUAC